AUGUCGGGUAACAACCAUAAAAACAGAGGUGUAAACAAGAAUUGGAGAAGGGGUCAUGGACGUAGAUUUAGAAGGGGCCGUGGACAGAAUAAAGGGAAUUUUCAUCACAGAAACCGGAAUAGAGAUUUUGAACCAGAUGAAGGACACUUCGGAAGCCCGCAGAGAAAUGAAAAUUGGGAUCAAGUUGAAAUGUUUCAUGAGGUUAUGGAGGGAUCUCCAUUAAUUGAAAGGGGAGGUUCUCCUGGAAUGUUUUUUGAUGGUACACCUGAGGAAAGAACUAUGAUGAUAGAGGAAAACAACAUGUUGCCUGAAGAUGAUCAAUUCCAUGUACAAAGAAGGGCUAGAUGGAACAGAUCUAGAAGUCCAGAUUUCGGUAGUGAAAGACAUUUUCAGAUGUCUCCAAAUUCAGCAAGAGAAUGGCAGAGAGAACCUGAGCCAUUUAAUGAAGAACUGGAAGGUCAUGGAAAUCGUAUGUCACAACAUUUAAACAUCGAAGACCAUUUAAGAGAAAACUCACCUGGUCGGGAUGGUAUGGAUGUAUGGCAAGGAGACAGGAGACUUCCAAGUGAGAAUAGACAUCACAGACGACGAAGUCUGUCACCACAAAGAGGUAGCUCUUGGGAUAGAAAUCAAAGAGAUAUGGAAGAUGAGAGAAGAAAUUGGGAUGAGAGUGAUCAUAGACGAGAGCAUAGACGAGAUCAACGAUUUGUAGAUGAUAGACAUGAUGACAUGCGUAAUAACCAAUUCGUUGACCGUCCUGAGUUUAUUCACAGUCCAGAAGAAGGUCACUUUUUUCCAGAUGAUUUUGCCAACAGACAGAUGGAUGAAUUUCCAGAUAGAGCUGCUGAUUUUAAUAGGCAAGAAGUAAGCCCUGACCAAGAAGAAGACUUUCACCAUGAUGAUCAACAAGAUAUCCAAGACCAUGACAGACACCCAAUGAGAAAUGAAUUUGAUAGAAGAGAUAGGUUAGAAAGAAGGGAUGGGUUAGAAAGAAGAGGUGGGGUAGAAAGAAGUGAGUUUGAAAGGAGAGAUGGUUUUGACAGAAGAGGUGAAUUUGAUAGAAGAGGUAGAUUUGAUAGAAGGGAUGGUUUUGAAAGGAGAGGUAGAUUCGAUAGAAGAGACAGGGAACAUGAUCAAGGGCAUUUCAGACAUGACAUUGACAGAGAAGAGGGGCACAGAUCUGAUAGAGAUCAUCAUAUUCUAAGCCUUGGAAGCCAUCGAAGCUUAAGUCCUAGAGGUCAGCGAAGUCCAAGUCCUAGAGAACAUCGAAGUCAAGGUCCUGGAGGGGAGCGUAGGUUUUCACCUCAUCCUGCAGAUGGUGAGCCAAUGUUGAUGGAGCAGGGGAUGCCCAAUGUGAUACACACAGAGGAUGCACCAGUGUUGAUUGGACCUGAUGGGGCCCCUGUUGAAAUGCUGCCUCCAGGUGUACCUAUAAUGAUACGACCAGGAAUGGAACCUCAGCUUCUGGGCCCAGUUGGACCAGAUGGCAUGCAGCAGGUUCUAGUCCAUCUUGACCAGCCACAGAUCAUUCAGGAUGAAUUGAUAAUGGAACAUGGACCAAACAAUGACCCCCAUGAUGAUGGUAAUCAUUUCAGGAACAGAGAAAAGGGACGUGGCAGGGGAAGAUGGAUUGACAGGGGUCGAGGUCGUGGCAGAGGGUUUGAUAGAGGAAGGGGAUUUGAUAGAGGACGAGGUGGCUUCCACCAUAAUAGACAUGAGGACAUGAAAGAUAUGAACCAAGACAUACCUAUAUCUGGACCACCUGACAUGCACAUGGUUCCGAUGGGACCACCUGAGGGAUCAGGGCCAUUAUUCAUAGAGCCUGGUAUGAUGCCACCGCCAGGCAUGGCAUCUGUCAUACAACAAGGUAUGCCAGACAUCCCUGUGACUGGUGGUGGUGGUGUUCCAGUCAUGUUGGAUCCAAAUGCGCUACAGCCUAUUCAGCUAAUGGUCCACAACAUGGAGCCAGGUAUGCCUCUCGAGGGAGACAGACGUGACCCUCAUUCCGCAAAUAUACCUUUAGAAAACAGGCCAGGGAGAAGUGGAUCUGUUGACCGAAGGGACUUCCAACGUGAUCGUCAGCAUAAUCAGCAAACUUAUGAUCGGCACCAUCGCAGACACGAAGGCAGUUCAGAUCGCUCUCAUAGCAGGAGUAGGGAAGACCAGAAGGGCAGUGUAAAUGAUAACGAAAGGGCAUCGGCCAAAACAGCUAGUCAAAGAUCAGCCCAGUCAGCUAGACAGAGAAAAUCAGGAAAACAACAUCUUAAAAGAGAAAACAGACAAACUGCAAAGAAGAAAGUUAAGCAAUAUCCGAUAGCUCCCAAGAAACUUGCAAAACAGCUGAAAAAUGUAGUAUCCAGACACACACAAGAGAAACCUAGACCAGGAGAUGAUAAAGCCAUGAUAACAUUACUCAAGUCAGCAUUGGAUGUGAUGCAGUCAAGAGUGAGGGACAAAGGACAUGGACAGUCAUCAUCUGCAGUGGGCAAGAUGAUUUUGAAGGCUUUAACAGCUGGUCAAUCAGUAGACCAGCAAACCAUUAGUACCACACCUGUCAAUCAGGUGGGUUCUGCAUCAAGUUUAAGUGGUGGCCAAAGGGAAGCAAACAAGGAAUCUGAUAGAAUGUCAAGCAGGUCGAAGAGGCAGUCUGAGACAAGGGAUUCUGAACUGAAAUCUCCCUCUGAUAGAAAUCGACAAGUUUUAAAAACAAGGGAAAGAUCUAACAUCGGACAGGUUCAUUCAAAAUCUGAUACAACUAGUGAACCAGGGUCUAAGUUUACAUCACAUUCAAAGUCACAAUCUCAAUUUAAUGAAAAAAGUGCUCCAAAAUCAGCAUCACAGUCAACUAAAAAAACAGAUGCUGAACAGAAAUUACAAUUACCUGGUAAAGUUGCCUCUAAAUCUGUAUCUCAGUUGACCACCACAUCCUCUUCUAAUGUUACUUCCCGAUCAGGCCAUGCUGAUUCUAAGUCUUCCACACAAUCAACUGCUCCAAAGUCUUCAUCACAGUCAGCUAGCAAUUCUAUUCCAAAGCCAAAUCAAUUGACAAGCAGUGCUGGUGCAAAGCAAACACAGUCAACAAGCAGUGCUGCUGUGAAGUUUCCAGCAAAAUCGACAAGCAAUGCUGCUGUGAAGUCUGCAGCACAUUUGACAAGCAGUGCUGCUGUGAAGUCUGCUACACAAUUGGCAAGCAGUGCUGCUGUGAAGUCUGCAGCACAAUCGACAAGCAGUGCUGCUGUGAAGUCUGCGGCACAAUCGACAAGCACUGCUGCUGUGAAGUCUGCUACACAAUUGGCAAGCAGUGCUGCUGUGAAGUCUGCGGCACAACCGGCAAGCAGAGCUGCUGCAAAAUCUCCUGCAAACAUGGCUGCAGAAUCUUCAACCACUAACUCUGCUGACAAAACAGGAAGGCAGAGUGAAACAGCUGAUGGGCUCAUCAAGACGCUGUCAUUGAAACUUGAAGAGAUAAUGGCCAAUAAAAGAGACAACAAUGCUGAAGAUAAGGACAUGAUUUUACUACUGAAGUCAACACUGGAUGCAGCUCGCAAACGAACAAAGGAUGCACCAAAAGAAGACGGUAAUAAAAAGUCUAAUGAAAAACCAGUGGAGGAGAGUCAGAAGUCUGAGGAGGAGAAGGUGGAAAAGGUAGCAUGGUCUGACCACCAAGAUGGAUGGGGAGAAGACAUUAACAGUGAUGAAGACUUUGAUGUUGAUUCAACUGGAACAGAUGGGAAACUCCAAAGCACUGACGGAAAAGUGAUGGUGAAACCAGUCAUUAAAUAUAGGAGGCAUCUGACAAAGCAAGAGUGGGCAAAACUGAAGAAAGCUGCAGAAAAUGCUAUAGCAGAAUCUAAUGAAGAUAUUGACAUUGAGCAAGCCAUCAUCCGAGAGGCCAAGAAAGUUGAUCUGGGUAACAAGAAUCAGGAUGAGAAAACUACUGGAUCAACUACGGGGAAGAGUGGCUUUGUACAGUCUGGAGAAUCCAAGGAUAGCCAACAGCCAGUCAAGCCACCUCCUAUGGCCAGAUUCAAGGCAGAAAAACGGAAAGCCUUGGAGAGGAAGGCCGCAAAGGAAGCCAAAAAGGCGUGUUUAGAGAUAGCUAAGGUGGCACAAUCAGCAUCUGAAGCAUCAAACUCACAGUUAAAAUCUUCACAUACCACAGUGCCAAUAACCACUGGUCCAGUCCUGUCUUCAGCUGUGCAAGCAGUGAAGGCUGUUGAGGCCACUAUCAGUAAGCUUGCUGCAUCAGAGUAUGGAUCAGAAUCAGCUGAGUCAAGUGCUGCCUUGGCAGCACAGUUAAAGGCUAUAGAGACAUUGACAGAAGCUGCUUCAAUAGACUUACCACCUUCAUUACAGUCUGUGGUGAAAGAUCAGUUGGCUGCACAACAAGCUCGUAUAACUGCACAACAACUUGCCAAACAAACACCUUCUUCAUCCAUUCCGGUCAGCAUUCCCGGGCUUGGGGAAUCAGACAAUACCACUCCUCAACAGCCAGCAUUGCCAAUACCAAAAGUACCAUCCCUUAGAACUCCAAAUAACCAAAUUGGCCUUCCAAGAGGCCCUCCAGCCCAACCGAGUAUUCCAAUGGGGUUUCGGGCUCAGUUAGCACUAAACCUCCCAAAGGGAGAUCAGACUCAGCCAAAUGUUCCAAGAGGGACAACAAGGGGCCCACAACCACAUUUUAGACCCAGGGGACCACUGCUUGGACAUGCAAGGGGUGUUCAGUCUGCACCAGCCCCUCAGCGGGGGCCACAGCCAGGCCUUAUUGCACCUGCUCAUCUGGGCAUGCCUCCUCAGGUGACUGGAGGCACUUCCUAUCAACAGCAAGUGCCAACUCCGGCUCCUUGUUUUCCUGGACGCCCAGGUUUCCCUAACUUUCCAGUAAUGAGGCCACAAGGUGUUCGAGUAGCACCACCCCUGUUCCCUAGCACACCACAAGCUUCUGGAGCAGUAUCUGUCUCACUAGCAGCACUUCCACAGGUACCUGUCAGUCAAGCUCCGCCUCGAGGACCACCGCCACAGCUUCCAAUCAGUCAGUCCCUUGACUACUAUAUCCAUAGGAAACCAGUGACCACUCAAGAUCCUCCGUCAAAGCAACAAACAAAUAUUAUGUCAAAAAAUAGCACAGAAGAGGCAACUCAGGAGCUUGACAAAAUUCUAUCUAAAAGUCAGGAGAAAAGUUCUGAUAAAAAAAGACCUCAGCCUAAAUUGGCCUUUAAUGUGAAGAAAAUUGAAUCUCCCAAACAAAUACAGCCUAUUCCUGUUAGCCGUCUAGUUGGUGCUAAAGAUAAAGUAUCCAAGCAACCAGACCCUUCAGAAAAGAAACAACAAAUGGAAGAAGCACCAAAAACCAGUGAUAACCUGUGUGGAAAAGUUAAUGCCCCUAUAGACAAAUCAAAACAGGAAGAAGAGAAGCAAACUGUAGGCCAACAAAAUGUUGAUAAAGGAAGUAAAGGACAUAAGAUAAAAGAUGCUAAGUCAAAUAAAGAAAUUCAAAACCAGGCAGACAAAAUAAAUUCAAAGAAUGAAUCCCAUGGAAAGGAGGAUGAGAAAAAUAAAACGACCAAAGACCAAAAAUGUAGAGCAUCCUCAGAACUGGCAAAAGAUGGCAAAAGUGAUUCCAAAUCUCGGAGUAGGGAGGGGAAAAGUAGGUUAGAGGAAAGAGACCGAACAGGAGAUCAACAAGGAACUGAUAGAGAUAAAAGGAUGAGGGAGCAACGUCAGGAUGAAAGGAGAGGAGAAAGACGGCCCUCACCAGACCUUAACAGACGUCGGCUACCUCCAUUAAUCAAUAAAAUGUCAACAGGAUCCAGGUCACCCAAACACAUCUCUCCAUCAUCACGGUCAAAGCGUUCGCCAGGCAGGCAGUCACCUGAUCGUUCUACGAGAACAGACAAAUCCAGAACAAGGUUGUCUCCCGAGUAUUACAAACGGCGAAGAUUGUCUCCUGAGUACCACAAAGAUCGUGAGUCAUCAGGACGAAAGUCUCCUUCCAGAACCGAUACAGUUAGAGACAGCCGCUCAAGACUCUCCCCUAAUCGUUAUCGUAACCAAUCGGAUGCCACUCGAGGACAUUCUUCAGAACGAUCUAGAAUGUCAUCAGAUCGUAGUCUGAAGUCAGGAAAGUCCCCAGACCGCUACAGGAACAAGUCUCCUCCUAGAGAAUUGCGUUCAGCAGAUCAGUACAUGUCCCUCUCUAGGCGUUCGCCUGGUAAUCAUGGUUCUUCAGGCAGGUCAGCCCCGUCUUCUGACCAUUAUGCUGGUGGUCCAAAUCGACGGUCACCAGAGCGGAGGAUGGGCUCUCGAUAUUCUCAACAUACAUAUGAUAGUCGGGGCAACCUAUCUCCUAAUUCGUAUGACCGCCAGUCUAGACGAUCUCUCAGUCCUUAUAAUUUUAGUAGUCAGAAUUCACAAGAGUUGUACAUAAGUCGAUCACCUGUCCGUUAUCCUAAUAUUUCAUCAUCCACAAUGCUUUCAUCAAGGAGUCAGAACUCACCACCUUCUCAUGAAGUGUCAAGGUCUAGAUCUCCAGUAAGGUAUACAAGUCGGAAACGUUCCAGAUCAGUUUCACCAGAUCCAAGGUUUAGAAGGUCACGAUCACCAGAUCCUAGACUAAGAAGGUCAAGGUCUCCAGACUCAAGGUCAAGAAGGUCAUUAUCUCCUGAUUCAAGGUACAGAAGAUCACCAGAUCGUAGGUGCGAAAGAUUCCAAUCUUCAGGAGACAUGUAUAGAGGUCAACAGCCAGGCUCCUACAGUUCCCAAGAGACUGGUGGUCAGAUGGGUGGAGCCGGUAUGCAGGUGUCCAAUCUCGGCCAAAAUCAGUAUGGUAACAUGGUGCCACCACCUAAUGCCAAUCAGGUAGGAAGUCAGUUUGCUGGUAACGUGCCACAAACCAACAUAAACCAAAUAGAAAAUCAGUUUGGGCACUCUCAAAACACUUCUGCUUCAAAUCAAUACAACAACCACCCUGUUAUGGCAGCAAACCAGUUUGGAAACCUUGGACCUAACCAAUUUGGUACUAAUAUGCCACCACUUAAUGUUUCUUCUGGGAAUCUACCACAGAAUCCUGGACCUUAUGGAAACCCACCUCCUAAUUAUGGAAACCUGUCCCUCAGUUCAGGACCUAAUCUGGUUGGAAAACAGUUUCCAGGCUUGGGACCUGGUCAGUUUGGAGACCAGACAAACUCUGGACCAAAUAGGUUUGGAAACCAGACAAAUUCUGGACCUGGUCAUUUUGGAAACCAAACUAACUAUGGACCUGGUCAGUUUGGAAACCAAACAAAUUUUGGACCAGGUCAGUUUGGAAACCAAACAAAUUUUGGACCAGGUCAGUUUGGAAACCAGACGAACUCUGGACCAAAUAGGUUUGGAAGCCAGACAGAUUCUGGGUCUGGUCAAUUUGGAAAUCAGACAAACCCUGUUCUUGGACAGUUUGGAAAUCAGACAAACCCAGUUCUUAGUCAGUCAAUGCACUUUGGAAUGCAGCAGUCCAGCUCAAACCAGAACAGAAAUGCUGAUACUUCCUUGAUGCCCCCACCUAGCACAUUCAGAGAGCAAAGUCCACCAAAGAGCACAAGCAACAGACUUAGUGGGCAAGGUUCAUCACAAAACAUGCCACCAGUUACUGUAGGACAGACCAGUACAACCAAACCACCAGUCCUCAGAGGCAUUUUGAAGAAAAAAACUAACAAUCCUUCAGUAUCUGAAUCUACAACAGCAUCCUCUGCCUGGCAGUCCUUGACUGGGGUACCAGGAACAAAAAAUGAUCCUCCAACCAAACGGUUCACCUCAGGGGCACUGAAUACACUACAGGAAUCAUACAAGGAACCAACAGGUGCCAUUCCUAGUCACAUAGUACAAAAGCUACAAGAAUGGCUGCCAGGAUUGGGUGACAAUCUUAUUUCUGGUCUCAAGGAUAGUCUCAACAAGGUUAAAGAUAACGAAGGUCAAUUACAGCAAGGUCAGACAAGUCAAAUUUUACAUCAACCAAUCCAAGGUCAGCAAGGAUCAACGUCACAGGAAAUGUCAUUUGGUCGGAAUAGUUAUGUAGCAGAGCCAAAAAGUGACAUCAUUUCUGCCAGGGAACAAGGAAAGAAAACACAGACAGGAAUGGAAGACACUUAUGAGUCAUUUCUCAAUGUGAUUGGCUAUGUGAAAAAGACAGAGGAAAUUGAACAGACCCCCGGCCCACAGUACACAUACAACACCAGAAGUGCCAGUGCAGAGUCCAGUAUUCCUGGCCUUGACAUUCCAGAGAAUAGAGGUAAUAAUGAUGAUGAUCGGUUUAAGAAGCCUACUGUGAGCUCCCAGCCCAUUCUGUUCAACUCCUUAGACCGACCCUCAGGACCCAUGACCAGACAAUUAGAUUCCUUGGCUGGACCAGGAGCCCACACAUCAAGUUCCCAAGCUAACAAGCCUGGCUCUUCUAUGGCACCCCUUUCAUACUUCGACGCUCCCAUCAGUUACAAUCGUCCAGGUGUUUUCCCCUCAGCUGCUCGACUCAACCAGAUUCUGCGGAAAUAGUGUGUUGUCACUGUUCAUCUUACUGUGUGAUUUGAUUGUCUGACCAUACUACAAAACGGGUCAAAAACAAAAUAGCAUGAAUGAAUGAAAAUGCUGUAGAUUGAUUCUUGAUAUAUAUAUAUAUUAAAUCUUCUCAGUCUCUAAGGAACAGAUUUCUGCUGUAAUAUACCAAUUUAAUAUGCUGUAGAUUGAUUCUUGAUAUAUAUAUAUAUAUAUUAAAUCUUCUCAGUCACUAAGGAACAGAUUUCUGCUGUAAUAUACCAAUUUAA